AUUUUCAUUCUAAAACAACAACAAACCAGCCGUGAUUUGACAGCUCCGGGCAAAGUGUAGCCCGGGUGUGCAGUAGUUUCACUAUGAUAAACGAAGUAAAAACCGUGCACUGUAAAUAAUUCUAAGUAGCCUCAAUAUGUUGUGCUGCUACCGCGCCACCUUUAAAGCUGCAUGCUGCGGUGCGCUUAAACGAUACGCUUCCAACGAUGCCGCGUCACAGAACGUUUGCCUAAACCUUGUGAGGAAUCAUGAUAAGGAAAAUUUCCUCUGCACGCUACUGCUAAGGAAUCCACAGCGGCGCAGUGCGUUCGCGGUGCGUGCGUUUAACGUGGAGGUAGCGAAGGUGAGCGAAAAGGUGUCCGCCGGCAAUGUCGGUGUGAUGCCGCUCAAGUUUUGGGAAAACACAGUCACAAGCCUGUACCGAACGGACGGUACGGGCGUACCGGACCAUCCCGUCAUACACGAGCUGCAGCGGGCAGUCGGCGACCACAAGCUGUCGAAAAUGUAUCUGCAGCGGUUGGUCAGCGCACGGGCGAACGCUAAUUUGAACUUUCUCACGGUGAAGCAGCUGGAGGACUAUGCCGAGCAUGCGGUGUCGAGCGUGCUGUACCUACUGCUGGAGGUGCACGGUACGCGCAACGUGCACUGCGAUCAUGCGGCAUCCCAUCUCGGCAAGGCGCAAGGUAUCGUGAACCUGCUGCGCUCGAUACCGUACCAAACGCGCCGCACGGCGGUCCCGAUCCCGCAGGAGCUGCUGAUGGCGCAGGGCGUCAACCAGGAGCGGAUGGUGCGCAACCGGCCGGACGAUAAGGGUGUAGAGGAGGUAACGUACAGUUUGGCCAGCGUCGCCUUUCGCCAUCUCGAGACGGCCAAGGGCUUGCUGAGGACGGUGCCCCGCCCGGUCAAACCCAUCUUCCUGCCGGCGGUUACGAUCGAGCGGUACCUGCAACGGUUGCGGCUGGCAAACUUUCACCUCACCGAUCCGAACGUUAUGCGGACCGAUUCUUUACUACCUUUGGUGCUGUACUGGCGGAAGUUGCGUGCGAACUAUUAACGAACACAUGGGGUGAGCUGGUGGCACGACAGCUGCCCCGAGGCGUAGUGAUGUAUAAUAAAUUACCAAAAAAGCAAAACGAAUACCAUAUUCGCUACCAGCGUUA